UGACUACAAUAAGUACAAUAGUAGGUGCAAUCACGCCAUAGUAGACCAUUAUAAUUUAUAAUUUAUGUCUAGUAGUGUCUACUGUCUACAUUUGGCUCUGAGAUCUAUGAAGUAUGAAUCUUACAAGUGACGACAGUGGUCAGUUCCUCAGUUAUAUUAUUAAUAAUCCCAUGGCUAUAUUGUAUUCAGAAUUUCAAACGAGUUUGUUUCUACAAUUAUGUUUCCUUUGACAAAAUAUUUGACUUAUAAUUUGUUAAUAUGAUGCAAUUAGUUUCGUGCUCAUUGUAUGUUUUGUAACCAUUGUUGUCUGACGAGCUGUUGACAUUUUUAUGCGAUGGGUUUAUUUGACUUCACUCAUUCCUUCCAAGAUAUUAUCUAUAAUUCGAAUUUUCGACAAUGGAUAGUAUCAACUUACCCGUUCAUGGUGCUAACAGAAAAAAUGUUGAUUAUUGUUGGAUGCAUAAUAGUAUCAAUAUUAUUAAGAUUCGCCUUCUACAAAUGGAAAUCAAAAUUUCUCGUGAUUCGAGGAAGUAACAUUUCUGCUAUUCCAAAAACAAGAUUUCGAAAACGUGAUAGAGUUUUAUUCUACGGCAGAAAAAUGCUGAGAAAGGUAAAAAGUAUAUCUGGACAAGUACAUGGUCAGGGGAAAAAAAGAAAAUUAGUGAUCAAAUUUGCUAGACGCUUAUUACAAAUGAAAAAAGAAACAUUACCUCAAAGAUUAAAUGUAUUAGAACCACCAGCUGAGUAUUUAGAAGAGGAAUUAAUAACAAAAGAUGGGCAAAAUGUUCCUCCUGAUGCUUUUUAUAUGCUACAAAGUAUUCGAGUUUUUGGCCACUUUGAAAAACCCGUAUUUUUAAGACUCUGUCGUCAUACUGAAAUUUUGAAUAUACAUGCUGGAUCACAUUUGUUUAAUGUUGGUGAUCCUGAUGAAAAUGUAUUCAUUGUCCAAAGUGGACUUGUUAGUGUAAAUAUCACUUCAAUUGAUGGCAGUAUUAUUCCUCUGAAAUUAGUAAAAACUGGAGAUUGUGUUACAUCAUUAUUAAGUUUUACUGAUGUUCUCACCGGUCAUAAAAAGAAUUAUAAAACCGUUAGUGCUCAAGCACUUGAAGAUAGUACAAUAGUAAGAUUGCCAGUUGCAGCAUUUCAAGAAAUCUUCCAUGAUUAUCCGGAUUCAUUAGUUCAAAUAAUCCAAGUGGUUAUGGUCCGUUUACAGAGAGUUACAUUUACAGCUCUUCAUCAGUACUUGGGACUAUCUUCUGAAUUAGUACAAAAUGGUUUAGAAGAAAGAAAAAUGAGUCCUUUCAUUUCAGAAACUAAAAAUGAGUCUUCUAUGUUUUUACAAAAAGAAUCUUCUAUAAAUGAUAAAAAGUUGGAAUCAUUUUCAAAUCAGCCAAAAACUGAUCAAAAAGAUUGGUAUCUCAAAAUUGCAAUGAAUGUUUUCGUUAAAAAACUCCAACUUGAUAAUGAAGAUUUAUUACUGGGAAAAGUGGAAAUUCGCAAAAUUCCUACCAACACAUAUGUAAUGCAAGAAGAUUCUCAUAAGGAUGCUGCAUUAGUUUUGUUGUUAAAUGGUUCAUUGAUAGUAUCACAAAAAAUGGACUUAGAAGGAUUAACUGAAGCUCAUAUGUAUUCCGUUAACCCUGGCGAUAUUGUCGGUGGAUUAGCUGUGUUAACUGGAGAACCUGGAUUUCUGACGUUUAGAGCCGACCGUCCCAGUGUUAUUUCUAUAUUAUCUAGAAAUACUGUUUAUGAGAUAAUGAGAGUAAAACCACAAAUUGUUUUGCCUAUAGCAAAUACAGUGGUUACACGGUUAUCUUCAUUUGUACGUCAAGUUGAUUUUGCAUUGGAUUGGUUGUUUAUUGAAAGUGGACGUGCGGUUUAUAGACAAGGUGAAGAAUCAGAUAGUACAUUUAUUGUAUUGAGCGGCCGGUUGCGUUCCGUUAUCACACAUGAAAAUGGUAAAAAAGAGUUGGUUGCUGAAUAUGGAAAAGGAGAUUUUGUAGGAAUUGUAGAAGUAAUAACGCAAACACCUAGAGGAACGACAGUUAUGGCAGUUAGAGAUUCAGAACUAGCCAAAUUACCAGAAGGAUUAUUUAAUGCAAUUAAAAAACGUUUUCCUGGAGUUGUUUCUACUCUUAUUAAUCUUUUGGGGCAUAGGAUUUUAGGCACUUGGCAAAAACCUACAAUUAGUAAAACAAUAGAUACAAGACCAACACAAAGUAAUUUUUCAACUAUUGCUAUUGUGCCUAUAUCAGAUGAUGUACCACUAACAAGCUUUACAUAUGAACUUUACCACUCAUUAUGUUCUAUUCGAUCAACUUUACGGUUAACUUCUGAAUUUGUUAGAAGUGUAUUAGGAAAAUCAAUAAUGGAUUUGAAUAAUGAGUACCGCUUGACAACAUGGUUAGCCCAGCAAGAAGACCAAUAUAAAAUUGCGCUUUAUCAAUGUGAUUAUUCAUUUUCUUCCUGGACUCAGCGCUGCAUACGACAAGCAGAUUGUAUAUUACUUGUUGCGCUAGGAAAUAAACAACCUACAUUAGGAAAAUAUGAGAAAGAUAUUGAACGCCUAGCACUACGUACCCAUAAAGAAUUAAUUUUGAUACACAGAGAAGAUUCAGAUUUACCAUCUAAUACAGUUGAAUGGUUAAAUAUAAGAUCGUGGGUAUCUUCGCAUCACCAUGUACAGUGUCCUAAACGUAUAUUUUCUAAACGUUCUGUUUCAGUAAUUCGUGAUCAAUAUGAAAAAAUAUUACAAACAGAAGUCAACAUACAUUCAGAUUAUUCUCGUUUAGCCAGAUGGUUAACUGGGACUUCUGUGGGUCUGGUAUUAGGUGGCGGUGGAGCAAGAGGUGCUGCUCAUAUAGGAAUGAUAAAAGCUAUACAAGAAGCUGGUAUUCCUAUAGACAUGGUUGGUGGUGUGAGUAUUGGUGCUUUUAUGGGAGCUGUGUGGUGUAGUGAAAGAGAUAUUAUUGGAAUGACACGUAAAGCAAGCUCUUGGGCUGAGUCAAUGACAAAUCGGUGGCGACAAGUAUUAGAUUUGACUUGGCCAUCUACAUCUAUGUUAACCGGUCAAUAUUUUAAUCAUACAUUGAUUUCUGCUCUUGGAGAAACACAAAUUGAAGACUUGUGGUUACCUUAUUUUACAAUAACUACAGAUAUAUCAGCUAGUAAAAUGCGAAUUCAUACACACGGAUCAUUGUGGCGUUAUGUUCGGUCAUCAAUGUCUCUAUCCGGUUACAUGCCACCUUUAUGCGAUCCAAUUGAUGGACACUUAUUAUUAGAUGGUGGAUACAUAAAUAAUUUACCAGGUUAUGUUUGGAGGUACGUGAGAGCAAGUAUGUCAAUUGCUGGUUUAUUUCCUCCCAUGUGUAAUCCCGACGAUGGACAUUUACUUGCUGAUGGCUGCUAUGUAAACAAUGUUCCAGCUGACAUUAUGCGUAACCUUGGAGCAAAACAUGUUCUCGCUAUUGAUGUCGGAUCUCAAGAUGAUAUGGAUUUUACCAAUUAUGGAGAUAGUUUGUCUGGAUUUUGGUUAUUAUGGAAACGAUUUAAUCCUUUUACUGCAUCAGUUAAAGUUCCAAAUCUGGAAGAUAUACAAUCUAGACUGGCAUAUGUCUCUUGUGUUCGUCAACUUGAGGUGGUAAAAACAAGUGAUUAUUGUCAAUAUAUAAGGCCUCCUAUUGACAAGUAUAAAACACUUCAAUUCAAAAGUUUUGAAGAAAUAAAAGAAGUAGGAUAUCAACACGGUAAGACAUAUUUUGCUGGCUUGAAGUUAGCUGGAAAAAUUCCAUUUGGAAAACAAGAAUCUUUGAUGUCGCACAUUAAAACUGACUAACCCCUGUUUCUAG